UCUUCUCUUAUGCACUUCACUGCCAGCAAUAUUGAUGUAUUAUUACAGAACUGAGAGCAACCAAAGGAAUAGUUUACAAAUCUGGAGUGAAAGACAGAUGGUGCUUGAAGUGAUGUCUUUUGCACUGUAAAUCCAGAGCGGUGUUCCAGUGUGUGCUCUAUAAUGACAGUUUACCUACAGAAAGAUAACAAAAGAAACACGAAUAGCACUGGCAAGGGAGCAAUACUUCUUGUCUUGAUCUUUUUGAAUCCUUAAACAAAGAAGAAUAUACUUAUUUUGCUGCUUUACCAUUACAUCUUCAAAAAUGUCACUGAAACUGCCUCGAAACUGGGAUUUUAACUUGAAGACAGAUGUAGGAAAAAUAGCUCGCUCAAAGAGCAUGAUGACAGGGGACCAUACACUUUCAAGUCAGUCUUCAUCCUCAAACUUCCUGGAACAACCGCUGAAGAGAGGGUGGCUAAAGAAACAACGAUCCAUUGUAAGGCACUGGCAGCCAAGGUUCUUUGUACUGAGGUCGCACACAUUGUUUUAUUACAAGGAUGAAGACGAAGCUAAACCACAGGGUGUUAUCCUUUUGCAAGGCAGUCGGGUCAAUGAACUGGCAUCGAAUCCAGAUGAACCGGGGAAGUUUCUUUUUGAAAUCACUCCAGGAUCAACUGGAGAUCGAGAGUGGACAGGGCAAGACACUCAUGUACUAAUGGCUAAUUCCCAAAAUGAAAUGGAAGAGUGGAUCAAAGCUAUCCGUAGGGUAACUGGUACACCUUCUGGAGGAGUUUUUGGCCAGCACUUGUCUGAUACUUUGGCAUAUGAACAGAAAUUUGGUAAACAGCUGGUGCCGAUUCUUGUGGAGAAGUGCGCUGAAUUCAUUAAGCAAUAUGGCCUUAAUGAGGAGGGAAUAUUUCGACUUCCAGGCCAGGAUAAUCAAGUCAAACAACUGAGAGAUGCCUUUGAUGCUGGAGAAAGGCCUUCUUUUGAUUGUGAAACAGAUGUGCACACUGUAGCAUCCCUGUUUAAGCUGUAUUUGAGGGAACUACCUGAACCAGCCAUACCUUGGUCUCAAUAUCAAGAUUUCUUGGACUGUGCGCAACUUAAUAUUACAGAUGAAGAGGGAUUGCAGAAGAUCAAAAGACAGCUAACACUUCUUCCCAAAGCAAACUACAACCUCCUCAGUUACAUUUGCAGAUUUUUGCAUGAAAUACAACUGAAUUCUAGUGUUAACAAAAUGAGUGUGGACAAUCUAGCUACAGUCAUCGGUGUCAAUAUUUUGAGGCCAAAAAUAGAAGACCCUGUGACUCUAAUGCAAGGUACACCACAGAUCCAGAAACUAAUGACAAUAAUGAUCAGCAACCAUAGUAUUCUGUUUCCAAAAUCUAAGGAUGAGCCCGCAUCCCUACCCACACAAUCAGGAGACAAUAAAAAAGCACCAAUACCACGCAGCUCAGUUGGCUGGGACACUGCAGAAGAUGUUCCGGUCCUUCCAAAAAAUAACAGCUCUGGUAAUCUUGCUACAGUGACACUGGAAGAAGACAUAACAGUGACCAAGUCUGAAAUCCAGACACCAAAGAAUGGAGUAGGAAGUAAAAAUGAGAGUCCAAGAAAAAGAACCCAGACUCUUCCCAACAGGAAGAGCUCAGUGAUAUCAACAGGAGAAAGGACAAGCUUAAGUAAAACAGAUAUUUUUAAUAGUGACUUCUGGACCUCACCUCCUCCAGGUAUAGCAAAAACAAAGUCAAUGAAUACUGUUGCACCUGUAGAAGGUCAUAAAAGAGCCCUGUCUGAAGACUUUUUUAAAUUUCUUGAUCACCAGCGGACAUCUACUGUUAACAGUAAUUCAGUAUCAGUUUUAUCAAAAAGUGUACUGGAUAGUGCAACUGAUGGCACUUCAGUGACAGCAGGUAAAGCAAGUAGUACAUGUCAAACAUCCGAACAAGACUCUUUAAAAAAUAGUACACAUGUUACCCCUUUGCAAAACCAGACAGAUGGAGGUAAAGAAACUGUACCUGAUAACCAAGAUCUGAGUAAGGAAAGUCGAGAUUCACUUCAAAACAUGGUUAUAGACUUAAUGAAGGAACUCCAAAUGCAAAAGAAAAACUAUAAAGAGCAUAUUAAAAGCCUUGAGAAUGAGAACUAUGAUGUCUGGGCCAAGGUAGUCAAAUUAAAUGAGAACCUUGAACAAGAGAAAAAGAAGUACGCGGCCAUUGAGAUCAAGCUUCGCAAUGCUGAGAGGUCCAAAGAAGAUGCAGAAAAAAGAAACAAAACACUGGAGCAGGAAAUUCAAGAGUUUUUAAAUCCAGCAAAUAAAUCUUCUGCAUGAACAAUGAGGAAAAUGAGCAGAGGUUUCAUUUCCAUGUGGUCACAAUGCUCGCAGUACAGACCUGACCACAGUUCGGACAACAUGUAGCCCAGAGUAGCGAUGCAAGGCCAUUAGCAUACCUCACAUCAGCAAAUGCAUUGGCCUUUAUCAUAAAAAAGGCUUCACUCCCCACUAGCAAGUAACUGGAACUGUCUUUUUUCUGUAUGAAAUUUGCCUUAAGCUUCCUUAGCUUAAAAGCACCUGAAACUCAUCAUGUUAUAAACAGCUCACUGAUGCCCCAGUAUAAAGCAAGGUAAAGUACAGUAGCACAAGAGGUUAAGACUAUGGGCUGCUGAUGUGCUGUACCCUGUAGCUAGGUUCUUCAGUUCUUUUACUCUUCAUUUACAUAUUAUAUUUGUCUGUGCAACAUUCCUAAUAAGACUGAAACUUGAAGUUCUCUCCUUUAAAGAGACAUGUACUCACCGAGUUUUAUCCCAUCAUUUCUGCACUUAACUGCCUGUCCAAACAUUUCAGCACUUAACUGCUUGCAGAUUCCUCAGAUUGGAGCUAGAUUUGUAACUGAUAGAAAUUAAAUAGCAUGAAUCUGCCAAAACAA